AUGGAUGGUGGCCACAAAGAAGAGGAAAAAACCACUGAUGUCAUCAACUCUAGGCUCCAACUCAUUAUGAAAGGUGGAAAGUGUAUGCUGGGGUACAAGCAGACUCUGAAAAUGAUCAGACAUGACAAAGCAAAACUGGUCAUCCUCACCAACAGGAGCCCAGCCUUGAGGAAAUCUGAAAUAGAGUACGCCAUGUCAGCCAGAAGUGGUGUCCAUCAUGACAAUGGCAAUAAUAUUGAACUGGGCACAGCACGUGGAAAAUACUACAGACUAUGUACACUGGCUGUCAUUGAUCCAGGUGAGUCUGGUAUCAUUACAAGCAUGCCAGAACAGAUGGGUGAAAAGUAA